AUGCAUCUCAUUCACCAAAGAGAUGCUGACGCCUUUCUUGGUGACCCCUUUGCGUCGGUUCCAGACCUAUUCGACGAGCUGAAGUUGCCGUAUGCCUCUUCCUUCUCAGAUAUCGAGAACGAGUUUGAGGCCACUCGGGUUCAAGCCGAUAUUGCGGGCGAGACAAUCCAAUGGCUCACCUCCGAGAUUCGUCUUCCGAGCUACGGGGCAAAUCUUCAAAACAUUGUCAACGCAUGGAACACGCUGGCAGCCCACCCCCACAUCACGGUGGCAGCCGGGAAGGAAAACGGCCUGCAUCUCCGGCUGCAUUUCCGCCGCGCCCUGAUCGAUGCCACGUCACUCGACUAUAUCAAAUUUGACUUGUUCUUGCUUCUCGGCGGUCUGCCACCCCAGGAGCAUAUCGGUUUUCCAACGUACGCCCGCUUUCUGCGGCAGACCAAGGAUUGCGGUUCAUCAAGAGAGUUCUGGGCUACUACCCUUGAUGGAACCGUAAUACGGCCCGCUCUUCUCCCGCGCGAGUUUGCCGGACAGGCGACGGCGAGACCAAGAACAUCUGUUACUACCAUUGUCGCCACCACUCACCUAGGAGGAGAUAAUGCUGGCAUUCCUCGACAGAUCCUCCUCGAGCUGCUUUGGGCUUACGUUCUAAGCCUCCAUGCCGAAGCGGACGAAGUCGUUUUUGGCACCGUCCGCAGAGACGGCAGCUUCUUUGGGUCGGACUCCUGCAUUGGGUGUCUUGACCAGACCUACCUUGUCCGUCUGAAGCUCUCAGGGGAAGACACCAUUGGUGAUGCCGCUGCGGCGCUUGAAGCCUACCAUGACGCCGCGUCGCCCCAUGCGUUUGUCGGACUCAACGACAUGCGUACUCGCGUUCCGCAGCAAGUACCAGUCGAGGCGGUUCUCAACUAUACCCGAAGCGCCAACCCACAAUGCAUCGCUCCAGGUCUAAAACAAUUCCCCUUGGUUCUGACGGUCUGUGACGCUGGGGGCCCCGGACUCAAGCUGAUGCUGAACUACAUCACCGACAUACCCAACGCGGAGGCGGAGCUUCUGCUGGAGCACCUCGCCACGGCCAUUGAGAGCGUAUCGGCAAAGACUGAUCUCGCAAGCGUGACUCUCGAGGACAUCGAGCUUGUGUCCGUGGCAGAGGAGGCGGAAUUGCUGCGGCCGCCACCAUUUGCUGGAGACCCCAGUCCGCCUACGCUUCCGGACCUCAUCGAGGCCGCCGUAUCACGGCAUCCGGAACGCACCGCUGUGCAGUUUGGUGAGGAGGUCUCCCUCACUUACGGCGAGCUGAACGCUUUGGCAAACGGACUGGCCAAGACUCUCAAACUCCGCAGGGGAGACAUUGUCCCGUUGCUCAUGGACCGUUCUGCAGACUUGUCCGUCGCCAUGCUUGCCAUUCUCAAGUCCGGUGCCUCGUACACGGUAAUGGGUACGGAUAUGCCCUACGAGAGGAAUGCGCGGAUUGUGGUCGAGUGCAAUGCGGCGAUCGUGCUGGCAGACAAGAAGUACGCACCAACCGAGUUCCCAAGCGCCAAAACCUUGAACAUCGAGGAUCUCCUCCACGAAGCGCGUGCCUAUGCCACCCAAGCCAACAACCUCGCCGAACACGGCAUCGAGCGCCCCCACCCCUCCGACCGCUGCUACAUCAUCUACACCUCGGGUUCGACAGGCAAACCCAAAGGCACCAUGAUCACGCACCUCGCCGCAGCCAACGGGAUCACCCACCACACCCCAAUCACGCACAUCCCACGCACCCUCCUCUUCUACAGUCCGACCGCCUCCGCCGCCCAACGCACCUUCAACUCAGUCCUCAUCCACGGCGGCACCAUCAUCCUCGCCCCCAAAUCCCACCUCGCCACCGACCUCGCCUCCGUCAUCAACACCCUCUCCGUCGACGCCGUCGAAAUCACUCCCACCGCCCUCGCCCUCCUCCAACCCUCCGACGUCCCCCACCUCAAACAAGUGACCAUUGCCGGCGAGCGCAUCCCCGAGCCCCUCGUCAACCAAUGGGCCUCCUCCACCAACCCCAACACCCCCACGCCCACCCUCAUCGUCCGCAACCGCUACGGCUCCAGCGAGUGCACGCAGAUGAGCCACGGGUUGCGCCUGCUGCCCGGCGAGAACCCGCGCGUGCUGGGCGAGCCGCAGGACACGACGCUGGCGUGUGUGCUGCGGCCGGGGACGACGCGGCUCGCGCCGCUGGGGGUGCCGGGCGAGCUGUGUCUAGCGGGGCCGCAGUUGGCGGAGGGAUAUUUGAAGGAGGAGGGGUUGACGAAGAAGGUGUUUGUGCAGAGUCCGGGGUGGGUGGUCAGGUGUGUCGAUGCGGGUGGGGGUGGUGGUGGUGGUGGGGGGGGGUUGUAUGGGAAGAUGUAUCGGACGGGGGAUAAGGUGAGGAGGUUGCCUGGGGGCGGGAUUGAGAUGCUGGGAAGGAUUGAUUGGCAGGCGAAGAUUAAUGGGACUAAGGUUGAGCCGGCGGAUGUUGAUCGCGCGCUUGGGGGGCAUCCGGAUGUGGCGGCCGUGGCGACGGUUGCGGCCGAGGUGGAGGAGGGGAGGUUGGCGCUGGUGACGGCUGUGGUGUUGAGUAAGGGGCGCUCGUGGGCCGACGUGUUGGCUUCGUUGCGCCAGUUUGCGCUGAAGGCGCUUCCGCCUUUCAUGGUGCCUGGCUUUUGGCUGCCGGUGCCGGAGCUGCCGCGGAGUAUGAACGGGAAGGUUGACUUUCAUGCUCUGAGGAGGAAAGCAUGCGAGCUGGGGACACCCGGGCUCUCCCAGUUCCUUGUUGCACCGACCGUGGCGACGAACGACGCUGCCGAAAAACCGGCAAUUGGCAUGGAACGUGAUAUUGCUCGGGUCUGGGCAGCAGUACUUGGCCUUGAUGAGACGUUUGUUCGGCGUCACCACUCCUUUUUGUCCCUGGGCGGUAACUCGCUGUUGGCGAUCAAGGCGGUUGGCCAACUUCGCAAGGCAGGACUCGUCACCGACUUUGCCGAUCUCAUAGCGGACAAGCCAUUGGUUGAGGUGGCUCUCUGUGUCUCUCGGGCUUCUACGAGCAAGGCAUCGCAGGACACCGAGGAGAUACCUCCCUUCUCGCUCCUGGGGGCUGGCUCGACCGAGUUCGGGGAGCGUGUACAGAAAGAUCUUGGGAUGGAACUCGAAGAUGCGUAUCCCGCCACAGCCCUACAAGAAGGCGUGCUGGCAACGCUCGGCCAAGAAGGCGAUUCGUACACAUACCGUCGUGUGUGGAACGUGGAGGGCCUUGACCAUGCACGACUCAAGAAGAGUUUCCAGCGGGUGGUCGCUGAGAGGGGCAUUUACAAAACCUCCUUCAUUCCCCAAGGCCGAUCUUUGAUCCAAGCGGUCCGGCGAGGCUUUGAAGCACCGUGGCAAGAGUGGCAUGGAUCUCUAGAGGAGUACCUGGAACACGACAGAUCUCUCGCCCUGUCUUUGUCAGGGCCUCUGUUCCGCAUAGGACUCAUAGAGGGACGCUACCUUGUCACCACAACCCACCACGCCCUCUGUGACUUUUGGUCCCACAAGCUUCUGUACCAGGAUGUGGCGGCCGUGUACCUCGGCAAUGAGCCACCAACCCGAUCCAAGUUCAGCAACUUCAUCGGGUAUCUCCUGGAUCAAGAUCCAGCACCGGCCCGAGAGUUUUGGGCUUCCUACUUGCAAGGUUCCCCAAGAUCGGUCAUUAACUAUUCCCCUGUAACAGAGGCAACAGUAACAACCAGACGGGUGGCCCUGGACUUGCAGCAGACCACGCUCGGGUCCAUUGUUUACACCGCCUGGGCCAUCGUGCUCUCGUUCCACCUCGGAUCGCACGAUGUCAGCUUUGCUACCGCUGUCUCGGGCAGAGAAGUGCCGGUCCUCGGUAUCGCCGACAUGGAUGGACCGACACUCACCACAGUCCCUCAAAGGGUCAAGCUUAACGAUCAGACGAAGACUCUGGGUGAUCUGGUCAAGGACGUCAGAGCCAGCUUUGUCCAGGUGGCGAAGCACUCCCAGGUUGGACUACGAGGGGCGUUGCAGGCCGGUGGUCUGGACCCCGGCAGCAUCGACAGCCUCAUCAACGUGUUAGUCAAGAACGAAGAGCCGGACUUUGUGAGGGAGGUUUUCAAACCAUAUGGAAAACGCCCCCUGUGGAACUCGGGACCCUUAACAGUGCUUGAGGUUGAAGAGCUGGGCAACGCACCGGAGUCAGCUACAUCCACAACCAUUGAGAUCCGUCUCUCCGGUACCGCCGAAGCACAGCGACUGGAGUUUAUUAUGGACUCGUUCGUCAAGGUGGCCACCACCAUCCUUCAAUCCCCAGAUCAACCAGUAUCAAGUGUCGAUGUGCUCGGAGACACUGAACGCGGUUACUUGCUGAACACCCUUUCCAACCGCGAAACCCUCGUCGAACCUCCGCCGCAACUACUUCAUGCCCGCUUCGAGGAACAAGCCGAGACCACACCAGACGCUAUAGCAAUCGAUUGGGAAGGGACCGAGCAGGUCACGUACGGCGAGCUUGACCGCCGCGCCAACAAGAUGAGCCGGCUGUUUGUCCAAAUCGGGGUCCAACCCGGUGACGUGGUAGCCCUCAUGCUAGACAAAUCCAUCGACGCCGUGGUAGCCAUCCUCGGCGUGCUCAAGGCCGGCGCCGCAUACACACCCCUCAGCCCAGAGAACCCCUCGGAGCGAAACUCCCUCAUCAUCAACGAAUCCCAAGCCAAAGUCCUCGUCAUCCACCAACAACACGCCGACUUCGCCCACCACCACCACCCCUCCCCUACCUCCCCCACCCCCCUCCACACCAUCGUCCUCAACACCACCACCGCCCAAACCUGGCUGGCCUCCCAACCCCCCACUAACCCGCACAUCUUCACCACCCCCACCCUCCUCGCCUACCUCCUCUACACCUCCGGCAGCACCGGCCAACCAAAGGGCAUCCAAGUACCCCACGCCAGCGCGGCCGCCGCCGUUGGCAGCAUGAUCAUUGCCGAAGGCCGCCACCCCCCGCUCAGCCCAAGCACCCUCCCCUGGCGCACGCUGCAAUUCGCCUCCCUCGUCUUCGACGCCUCGGUCCAAGAUCUCUUCAACACGCUCAGCACGGGCGGCACGCUGUGCAUGGCGGCCACGGACCGCCUGCUGUCCGACCUGGGGGGUUGUGCGCGGGCGCUGGGGGCCCGGCAAGCCAUCCUCACGCCGACCGUGGCCGGGCUGCUGCGGCCGGAGGAGGUGCCCGGGCUGGAGGUGCUGGUGGUGGGCGGGGAGCCGUUGACCGAGAUGGUGGUGCGGAGGUGGGGGCGCAGGUGUAGGGUGGUGAAUGUUUAUGGUCCGACGGAGACGUGUAUGGUGGGUGGCGGCGAAGGAGGUGGUGGGUGGGAUGGGGGCGGGUGGUGGACUGGUGACUUGGUCCGGUGGCUGCCCGGCGGCGAGCUGGAGUGUCUUGGCCGGAAGGACAAUCAGGUCCACAUCCACGGGUACCGCGUCGAGUUGGGUGAGAUCGAGGCGGCCGUGCGGGCGUCUGGGCUGGUUAAGGAUACGACGGUUGUGCUUGUGGAGGUCAACCAGACGCCGCAAAUUGCCGCCUUCUGCACCUUCAUCGAGGGAGGGGCCAUUACCCCUGAUGCUGCUGUGUUUAUCCACCGUGCGGACCAACACCAGGAAGCUAUGCGGACUCUGAAGGACGUCCUGGGACACUCGCUUCCUCCAUACAUGGUCCCCCACGUGGUGCUGCCCAUAUCCGACUUUCCGAAGUUGCCGUCGAGAAAGGUUGACAGGAAGGCCCUGAAGAAGAUGGUCGAGGAAAUGAGUGGCGCAGCCAUCUACCCAUACGUCCUCAGCAGUACGGCCGGAACGGGACACACUGCGGUGCCCGUCCAGAACGACGAGGAGGGUUUGCUCGAGUCCAUGUGGGCCGAGGUCUUGGGCAUUCCAGAACAAACGUCUAUCGGCAGGGAGGCGAACUUCCGUUCCUUGGGCGGGGACUCCAUAUCCGCCAUCAGCUUAGCCAGCCUGGCGCGCCAGCGUGGUUUCGCGUUGAGUGUUCCGGAUAUCCUGAGGCACCGUACGCUUAAGGACCUCGCAACAACCAUGGAUAAGCUGGAGGUGGAACUUGAACCGUUUGAGAAACCCAUCUUUGAAACAUCAGAAUCGGUCAAGAGCCUGCUGGUCACCCGUGGGUUGAGCUGGGACCAGGACGUGGACUAUGUCUAUCCAUGCCCUCCCGGUCAAACUGAGUUCUUGAAACAAGGUGCUCGGGACGAACAAAUGUGGGUGCUCAACACUGUCCGACGCAUGUCGGCCUCUAUCGAUCAAGACCAGUGGAUUGCGGCAACAGAAGCCCUUGCUCAGGCCAACGACAUCCUCCGAACCACAUGGGUGAAAGUACCAGACACCGAAACAUGGGUCGGUGUUGUCCUGCGAGAUGUGAAACUCACCCUGUUGAGGGUAGAAGGCCAAGAAGAAGAUGAGAUCUCUGAGAUGAUCAACGAGGUGUACACAUACCGUUUUACUUCGCCGGAACCGUUCAUCCGGUAUGUCAUGAUCACCUAUCCUGACAAGACCUGGGAUCUGGUCAUCAAGAUGGAUCACGCCGUGUACGACGGGACCCUCCUGCGCAUCUUAGACGACCACUUCAACGCCAUCCUUUGCAGCACCGAGAUCCCCAAACACGUCUUGUUCAAGGACUUCGCCUUUGCAGUCUUUGAAGCGAACAAGUCUCGAUCCCUCAGGUACUGGGCAGCGAAGCUCUCCCGCAGCGAAAUAACUCAGUACAACGAACCAGCCACCAACACCGUCGCACCAUGGCUCAAAGCACCCGCCCCCUGCAGCACCGGCCUCCUCCGCCAACCCCUACCCGCAACACAAGCCGACACACUCGAACAACUCGCCGCCAACCUCGGCGUAACCCCAUCCUCCAUCUUCCAAGCCGCCUUCCAGCUCUGGCUCUGGCAAACCGCCGGCGGCCACACGCACGGCACCACCCACCAACCCAUCGCCUUCGACUACCUCGUCAGUGGGCGCAGCCUGCCGGGCACCAUCGCAGCGGCCCCUCCCCGGCGACCCACAAACCAUCAACGGGCACCCUACCUCUUCCACACGCACGACGAUUUCUGGGCGGCGACCGACCACGGCGAUGUCGGGCUGGAUGAGAUGUACGCGGCGGCGGGUCUGUGCCGCGCCGAGGUGGGUAGCCGUGUGUUGUUCUUGUUUCAGCCGUUUACGCCGGCGCCGGCGGUGGCGGAUGAUGAUCCGAAUGGGGGGCUGAACUUCCGGUGGCUGGUCAUGGCCAAGUCGCGCGUGCGCAUGUUCCAGCCGUAUGCCCUUGUUGUGGAGGUGGCCAAGGCGGUAGGGGGUGGGCAUAAUCUGGCGAUGUUUUAUGAUGAGGGGAUUUUUGAGAGGGCGGAGGUGGAGGGGAUGGCGGGGAAGAUGGGGGAGAUGGUGGAGAGGGUUGUUGCGGCGUGUGGUGGGAAGGGGGUCGCGACGGUGGGGGAUCUGGUUGGGGAGAGUUGA